UCCCUGGACUGGUUGGUUGGUUAUUCCAGCCCCUGUGGAUGUGGCCGAGGCGCGGGUCUCCGGCGUGUGCGGGACUCGGCGCGGCGCCGUAGUUGGCCACAGAGACGCCUAUCCCUCCGCUGGCUGCCAGCGCCGCAGAUAUAAAGUGGUUCGCGUGGGUGAACCUCGUCGCGGAGUUUAGCAGCCGUCAGUCCGGCGCGGACUGACGGCGUGGAUGCUCCGUGUCGAUGCGGCGCGUUGGUCUCGGGAUCGGUCUCGGUAUCGGCACACCUCCCCCGCCGCGCUGCACACUCUGACCCGUCCGGUGAAAAGGCCUGUGAGCACAUGAUCCAUGGCUGUGCUGUGUUUAUCAGUGACAGUGCAGCCUGCCUUGGAGGGGGAGAUUAAAUGCCACUGAAGUCUCAAGGCUGUGAGCCCUGUGCAGUGUGGUGAUGACUAGCCAGGGCAGCGGCAGCGGUAGCGAUAGGGGAGGUGGCACCCCACCGCCUCGCCAUGCCCAAGGACCCAAGCUGCAAGUGCAGCGCUCCCUGUCCCGAGAUACCAUCACCAUUCACUUCUCUGCACUGGGGAAGGAGGAAGAAGAUGAUGAAGAGGAGAUCUAUGGGACAUCUACAUCUGAGCAGGAUGCUAUGGGAGGGCUUAGGGGUCCAGAGAUGUCGGGGGCUGGGGAUCAGGGAGUAGUCACAGGCUUGGAGGCAAGAGAGGAGCUUCUGUUUGAGCUUGCGGGUACAGAGACCUCCCCUUUAGCUGCCACACUCCCUGUGCCCUCCACCACCUUCUCUGUGCAACCCACAGCACUGCAUACACAACCACACGCACACUCACCAACCCUGACCAUAAUCCCCAUCUCCACCAGCUCCAGUGUGAGCACCACCACCCCAACCAGCUCCUCUAGGCCCUCGGACCGACCUUCAGCUCAUCCAACCACAACAAGCUCCAGUUCCUCUUCCCCAUGCAAAUCUGCAGCCUUGUCCUCCUCCAAGCCCUUCCUCAGCCUUGUCAGGUCCCUGUCCAAUGAGGUAGACUCUCGAGAAAGCCUGCCUGCAUCCAUGCCUGCUACCCCUCCACAGGCACGACACCGACACUUAAUGAAAUCUUUUGUCAAGUCUUUGUCCACUGACAUUUCCAAGCCUGAACAUCAAGAGGGGCUUCUUCAUCACUAUCAUCUUCAUCAACAGUUGUCACAGCCGUCCCAACGCCCUCCACUGGAGUCACGACGCAACAUGCAGCUCUUCAAGCAGUUCUCACAGCCUCGCUUAUCCACUGGUACUGUUGUCGUCACCCAGGCCGGCGGAGACUCCAAAACUGCCCCCUCAUCCCCGAUCACCUCUCCAGACGGCAGAUCCUUUUUCAAGGUCCAGGAGGUUGAGGCAAAGAUAGAAGAUACAAAGCGCCGGCUGUCAGAGGUGAUGUCAGACCCCCUGCAGCUGUUUAGUAAGAUUAUGGGUGAUGAGUCUGGAAUGUCAGGCACGGGGGCCGCCAUGACUGCCCAUCGUGUCAAAUCGCUCUCAUCCAGCACGUCAGAACUUAGCGGUGUGGCAGCCGUGAACGGACACACAGAGAGCCACAACUACAGCAUCAAGGAGGAGGAGGGGGGAGAAGGUGAGGAAGAGGAGGAGACCCCCACUGGCGAGGGCCCUGACUCUGUCUUUUCCUCCUUCCCAUUGCUGGCACCAUCUCCAGCCCUUAGCCAUGCUUCCUCAUCCUUGGUCCACAAGUCUCCCUCUCUCAACCUGGGCCACUGCUCCAUGUCGGCCCUGGUGGCCAGACAGGAGGAGGAUGAGGACUUCUGUGAACUCUACAGUGAGGACUUUGAGUUAUGUACCGACACGGAGACUCCGGACAAGGAUCGGCCGGAGUCACGGCAGCCCCACACCGGUAGCACUGGGUUGUGUAGUGAACUUGAUACAGAAGAAGAGGAAUAUGAAGAGGAGGAGGACGUGGGGACUGUGCCCAUGACUGCUCUUAUGUUCCUGACACAGUUAGUUUACUGUUACUUGGUCCUGCCCCUGCCACCAUAUGUGGUUGUGAUGGUGCGAGGGAUGGUGGCUGGGCUGCUGUUGGCCUUCCUGGUCCUGUGGCUGUCCUCCCCUCGACGCUCCUCUUGUGGGACAAGGAGAGGCCGACGGAGUGUGGAUCCCUGGAACGUGGCCCAGCUAGACAUCAAAGAACCAGGUAUAUUCAAGGGCUGGAUGAACGAGAUCCAGAGCUAUGACCCGGAGAUGUACCACGCCACCCUGACCCACUCGGUCUACGUUCGCCUGGAGGGCUCCGUCCUGCGACUGUCCAAGCCCAACCGCAACAUUGCCCGUCGCGCCAUGCACAAUGAGCCCAAACCUGACGUCACCUACAUCAGCCAAAAGAUAUAUGACCUCACUGACAGCAAGAUCCACCUGGUGCCCCAGAGCUUGGCAAGGAAGAGAAUCUGGAACAAGAAGUACCCCAUCUGCAUUGAGCUGGCCAAGCAGGAGGACUUCAUGUCCAAAACCCAGGGGGAGAGCCCGAGGCUGGGGAGGAGACGUAGCAGAGUGGGUGACAGAAUGGACAAGGGGGAGAAGGUGGAGAAGGGUGAGGGAGCAGAAGCAGGAUCAGGGGAGGAGCCCAAGAGACCAGCUUCAGGAGGGGGAGAUCUGACAAUCUACCUGUUUGGGAGGACAGGGAGGGACAAGGAGGAGUGGUUCCGGAGAUUUCUGCUGGCAUCGCGAGUGAAGUCAGAGGGGAGAAGUGGCAGUCUGCCUGGUAUCUGGAAGAUGGCGUUCUUGCCCUCCCACAGCCGCAGCAGCAGCAGCCACUUUGGCGGGUCAGGCGCCAGCGGAGGUUUGGAUGCAGACAGCAGGAGCAGUAGCCGGGGAAGCCUUGAUGAGGUGCCUCAGUCUCAGACUCGCCUCAGAGAUCCUUCAUCUGCGUCGUCCUGGGGCUGCGCUGGCGGGGGAGCAAGACAGAAGAUGCUGCUGGACUAUAGUGUCUACAUGGCAAAGUAUGUGAACCCCCAGCCACCGCUGGAUAGCCCAACAGCGCCUGGCAGUCCCAAACACAGCCCUGACAGCAGCCCCAGUACCACCAAAAGGACAGCUAAUGAAUUCCACAGUCUGUGGUUUGAUCUUGAUGUGUCUUAUUCCGGCUCCUUCCUUAUGACCUUGGAGACCAAGAUGAACUUGGCCCGUCUGGGGAAGGAGGGAGAGGGCCUGGGGGAGCAGGGGAAAGAGGGGCCUCGGAUGUAUUGUCUGGCUGACAGCGAUGAGGAAUCAUCCAGUGCCGGCUCAUCUGAUGAGGAGGAUCCCCCAGAACUCCUCACCGACAAAGCCAUUCCCCCCGGAGGCGAGGGUUACGUGGGAGGACACAGGCCCAGCAAAAUCAUGCGUUUUGUGGACAAGAUAGCCAAGUCGAAAUACUUCCAGAAGGCCACCGAGACAGAGUUCAUUAAGAAAAAGAUGGAAGAGGUGUCAAAUACGCCGCUGCUGCUCACCGUGGAGGUGCAAGAGUGCCGUGGGACGCUGGCGGUCAACAUCCCACCUCCGCCCACCGACAGGAUUUGGUAUGGUUUCCGGAGUCCCCCUCACUUGGUGCUGAAAGCGCGGCCCAAACUGGGAGAGCGAGAAGUGACUUUAGCCCACGUGACGGACUGGAUCGAGAAGAAAUUGGACCAGGAGUUCCAGAAAGUAUUUGUGAUGCCAAACAUGGAUGACGUAUGGCUACCCAUCAUGCACUCUGCCAUGGACACGCGUUCAAAUGCCAAUUCGGUUACCGUGACAACUAAUGCCUUGCAGGAACCCUCUGAACCCGAGGUCUCAGAUAUGUGAAGAGCGGUUUACAGCGUGGUUGGAAAGACAAAUAUCACCAUGGCAACAUGACAUGGACUCCCAAGUCCUCGCCCCCUCAGCAGCCACAGGUGCAGGCAGCAAUGGGUGACUGGACACAAGACUGUCCAGUCUUAUGACUGUGCUCCAGUCCCAAAGCUGCAUUAGUCUUUGGCCACUUAGGAAGUGAAUAGACUUGUCACUCACAAGACUGGGUGUUCACAAGCUCAUGAUCUUUUGUGGCCACAAUAAUAAAGUGAUUGAACAAGAGCGGAGACUGUUAUAUGGGCCAUCCUUGAAUAUACAAGUCACUGGAUCCUUUAUUUUAUUAUUAUUAUUGUUUUGUUUUUUGUGGCAGGAAAGAGUGAUCUUAGCUUGUUCUCCAAUGGGCAAAUUGAGAAUGUCUAUCAGUCCGUGUUGUGGAUAAACAAAUUGCCAUUCUGCUCUACCACAAGAACCAUAAUACCUGUGAUGUACAGCUGCACCAAACACCGUUGUACAGUAUGCAUUUUUGUGUAUUUCCAUUUGAGUGGUUUAUUGUUGCUAUUAGUCCACAACUAAUCUCUAUUUUACAAAACCACACAGCCAUAUAUCCAUUGAAUGAGAAAUUUGUCAUAGGCUGUUGCUGCGAAUAUUUAUGUAUGUUUUUGAGAGUAUCUUAAGAUUGCCUGUGGGUUUUCUACUGGCCCCGGCAUCUGAUGUGUGACAGGGAUCUCAAGAUUGGUCUCUCUCCCAUCUGCCUUGCACUUACUUAAAUGCAAUCAAAAUUAAUCCGUGUGUCUGUCACAGAUGCCAUGUGAGAUCUUAAGCCUAGAUGUUAACAAGGCCUUGGUGCCUGACAUGGAGUAGGGCAUCGUUUCUUUUUUUUUUUAAAGGCAGUACAGCUCAAUCUGUCUCAUAGCCAAAAACUAUUUGGGUUCAUUGAUGAAUGUAACAAAAAUGUAGCUCCUAAUAACCAUUUAGGGAGUAUAUGAUGAUAUGCUUGUAGAUAGGACAUCCUUCUGUCUCUUUUUCAUCAAAUAUUUAUUGAUGUUUACAAAAUUAAUUCUAUUUUUCUUUUAUUGCCAAACCAAUGUUUCAGUCUUGAAAGCUGUAUGAUACAGAAUGACAAGUGAUGAGUAAAUUCACCCAGUGUUUUAAGUCUUGCUGGGCCCGACAACACUCUGGACACACUUCUUGCGUUUGACAUGUGGUCUAAUGAAAUCAACAGGGAUGUACAAAAGGAGAUGUAAUCCCUCCUUUUCUAAGCAGAAUGGGCAACCAGUUCACCCUAUACAUUUUUUGACAAGUAAAAGUUGGAGAUAAAGUAACUCUUGGUAGGAUUUGAUUAAAGGCCAACGGGACCAAAGGUGUGGCUCCACAGGCAGCAGACAUUCUGUUGCAACUUUAUCUGGGCAGUCACCCUUUGUUACUACGACCCUCUUGAGUUUCUUAAGUUGAGAUGGGAAAACACCUUCAUUGUCCCAUUUAAUUAAGUCAUAUGCCAGAUCUUAGCCAGACCAUGUAAUACUAUCAGGAGACUUCAUGCUAAUGCUUUUUUUGUUUUUACUGUAAAUACAAGAGAAUAAACAUCAACUUGAAUGACAGCAAAUAUGUAAUUUUCAGAUAUACUGUUGCUUUACAGAUUAGGGUUGAGUUUACAUAUCUUAUGUUCAGAUGAGUAGCCUGCUUUGGCUGCAUUCAAGAGGCAGAAAGUGCCUUGGAAAUAAUACAUUCCUCCAUGGUUGGCCAUUAUAUUGGUUCCAUCGUUUUUGAAGGUGAAGUUGUUUUGCGUGCCAUCAACUCGUCUGUUGAGACAUCUUUUGUUUUGAUGUGGAUCGUUUGCACUGAUGAAAAUAUCAAAACAUUGCUGUUGUGCUCAGUGAUGUCACAGAAUGUUUUUGGUUCAGAUUGUUGUGGAUCAAUAAAAAAACUUUUGCUUGAUUUUUUUUUUCUUGUGACAGCUGUCUUUUGAGAAGGGCGACUCGCUGAAAUUAGACGGCUCAAAAGAAAAAAAAUUCUGUGUCAAUUAUUUAAGUAAACUGGCAUUUCCAAGUAAAAACAGUGAGGCAACCAGUUAGAAGACGGGUCUAGCUCCCGACCCAUAUGAAGGGGUACCGAUGAAGACCAUAUCUAACAAUGCAUUUAUCAACACCAUAUCUAGUGACGAUUUUAUCAGAGCUAAACUGGUACUAAAAUAUGGACAUUUGAAAUCCAGCUGUAAAAUUUGGUCAUGCAGUUUUUAGUGCCUCUUGAAAGUGAUGGAUCACUGAAU